AUGCCUUCUUCUCUUCAGCUUCAUAGAAUCAAUCCAAUUAGUCACACGGCCACCGUGAAUUUCCAUCAGAAACAAUCGACACCCAUCUGGGUUAUCCCGGUACCUAGCGAGAUUUUUGUCCCGGAUAACGUGUUGCACCACCACACGCACGCGGUGGCGUCCAACCAGUGCUGUUCCUCGGUGGUGCAGGCUAUUGAUGCGCCAGUUGCAACUGUGUGGUCAGUCGUCCGACGGUUCGACAAACCGCAGGCGUACAAGCACUUCCUCAAGAGCUGCCACGUGAUCGGUGAUGGCCACGUGGGGACGCUCCGGGAGGUGCACGUGGUGUCAGGCUUACCGGCGGCGUCUAGUACUGAGAGGCUUGAAAUCUUGGAUGAUGAGAAACAUGUUAUGAGUUUCAGCGUUGUGGGUGGCGAUCAUAGACUGCACAAUUACCGGUCCGUCACUACUCUCCAAGCAACAGCGGGUGGCGCUGGAAAUAGCGGCACGGUGGUGGUGGAAUCCUACGUUGUUGAUAUACCACAAGGGAACACGAAGGAAGAAACUUGUGCAUUUGUUGAUACAAUUGUGAGGUGUAAUUUACAGUCACUGGCUCAGAUCGCAGAAAGUUUGGCAAAAAAUAACAGUAAAUCAUCUUAA